AUGUCCAUGCGGAGCGCCCGGUUCGAUAUGAAUCAGCUUGCGCGGGUUGCGGCCGGCUCCUCAGCAGCAGAUAGAUGCAUAAGCAUCGAAAAAUGUCCGGACGGCAUGUACAACAAAUCUUAUCUCUUCACAAUGAGCGAUGGCCGACAAGUGAUUGGCAAGGUGCCCAAUCCAAAUGCCGGCAUCCCCCACUUCACAACGGCAGGUGAAGUUGCGACCAUGGAUUUUGUCCGCAACGUCUUAGGAACUCCAGCACCUCAUGUGUACACUUGGAGCUUUAGAGCGGAUAACCCCGUUGGCGCCGAGUAUAUCAUCAUGGAAAAGAUGCCAGGAGUUCAGCUACUGCAAGUCUGGGAUCAGAUGGCACUCACAGACAAGCUGCAGGUCAUCACUCAACUCUUCAGAUUUCAAAAGAUGUGGCUGUCAGCUCGCUUUGAGAAAAUCGGGAGCAUCUACUACAUGGCUGAUGUCGAAGCGAGCGCGCCAGAUGAGAGCCACUUGUUUACCGACACCAACGGAACGGAAGUGAGGAACGAGCGGACGUCCAUCUCGGACUACUACCAAGCCGUGCUUCAGCGGGAGAUCGACGCCACCGAGACUGCGCCGCGUCUUCCGAAGCAGAUGGUGAUGCUCUGCGCCCCAACGCUCUACCUGCCAACACGCGAGAAGAAGUUAGCUGCGCUGGAAUCGUGCGCACAUGUUGUCAGAUACCUCCUUCCUUCCGAUCCUCUGGUUUGUGCAUCUCACCUAUGGCACAACGACCUCCACGACGAAAACAUAUUCGUGGAUCCCAUGAAUCCCACCCACAUCACUGGCAUUAUAGACUGGCAGUCGACUCAGGCAGGACCUCUCUUUGAAAACACUAUCGAUCCUGGUAUCCUUGACUAUGAAGGACCGGACAUUGAAUCUCUGGAGAAGCCAACACUUCCACGAAAUUACAAGGAACUAUCCGGGGCUGACAAAGCUGCUGAAACUAAGCUCUACUACAGCAAGUCUCUCCUGGUGGCUUAUCGCAGGCUCAUCCAGAAGAACCCAUCGCUGAAAUGGACAUCCGAGUUCCAGGCCUCUACCGCGUUUGCCAUUCUCAAACUCUCGCGCCACCUGUUCGACGUCGGCGAGGCACAUGUGCAAGCCCUUAUGAGCGGACUAAGGCUGGAGUGGAGUGAUCUCACCGCCGUACAGCAAGCUGGCGAACCCGGCUUUCCAUUGAGCCUCUCCGAAUCCAACCUUCAAAGGAUUGAGAGUGACGCCGAAGCCGCCGAUGCUGGUAUCCAAGCAAUGGACGAGAUCAGGAGACGUCUAGGGAGAUACUGGCCUGAAAAGGGCGCGGUCCAGGCUCAGCACUACGACGAAACGAAGCGGUUACUCAAGCAGGUAAAGGAAGAGCUCUUGCAUGAGCUUGCACUCGAUCCCGAAGGCAUGAAGGUCUUCGAACAGUUCUGGCCAUUUGAUCAAUAG